AUGGCCAACCUAGUAGGACAUGCGAAUGGAAAGUCACAAACCUCAGGGUGUUUGAAAGGAUCCUUGGGACCUCAUGCACAUCUGUGGAAACUGGAUGGAGAGAUUUGGGGAAGCAUGGAUUCUUUAGCCGGCUUAGUUCUCUAUGGAGUCAGCUUGCUCCUUUCUGCAACAGUGGACGGUGCCAUGGACCUGAUCUUGAUCAAUUCCCUACCUCUUGUGUCUGACGCUGAGACAUCCCUCACCUGCAUCGCCUCUGGAUGGCACCCCCAUGAGCCCAUCAUCAUAGGAAGGGACUUUGAAGCCUUAAUGAACCAGCACCAGGAUCCACUGGAAGUUACUCAAGAUGCAACCAGAGAAUGGGCUAAAAAAGUUGUUUGGAAGAGAGAAAAGGCCAGUAAAAUCAAUGGUGCUUAUUUCUGUGAAGGGCGAGUCCGAGGAGAGGCAAUAAGGAUACGGACCAUGAAGAUGCGCCAACAAGCUUCCUUCCUACCAGCUACUUUAACUAUGACUGUGGACAGAGGAGAUAAUGUGAACAUAUCUUUCAAAAAGGUAUUGAUUAAAGAAGAAGAUGCAGUGAUUUACAAAAACGGUUCCUUCAUCCAUUCAGUGCCCCGGCAUGAAGUACCUGAUAUUUUAGAAGUGCAUCUGCCUCAUGCUCAGCCCCAGGAUGCUGGAGUGUACUCGGCCAGGUACAUAGGAGGAAACCUCUUCACCUCGGCCUUCACCAGGCUAAUAGUCCGGAGAUGUGAAGCUCAGAAGUGGGGACGUGAAUGUAACCGUGUCUGCACUGCUUGUAUGAACAAUGGGAUCUGCCACGAAGAUACUGGAGAAUGCAUUUGCCCUCCUGGGUUCAUGGGGAGAACAUGUGAGAAGGCUUGUGAACUGCACACGUUUGGCAGAACUUGUAAAGAAAGGUGUAGUGGACCAGAGGGAUGCAAGUCCUAUGUGUUCUGUCUCCCAGACCCCUAUGGGUGUUCCUGUGCCACAGGCUGGAAGGGUCUGCAGUGCAAUGAAGCAUGCCAGCCUGGUUAUUAUGGACCAGACUGUAAGCUUAGGUGCAGUUGCACCAAUGGGGAGAUGUGUGAUCGGUUCCAAGGAUGCCUCUGCUCUCCAGGACACCAAGGGCUCCAGUGUGAGAAAGAAGGCAUGCCAAGGAUGACCCCAAAGAUAGAGGAUUUGCCAGAUCACAUAGAAGUAAACAGUGGUAAAUUUAACCCCAUCUGCAAAGCAUCUGGCUGGCCGCUACCUGCUAAUGAAGAAAUGACCCUGGUGAAGCCAGAUGGGACAGUGCUCCAUCCGAAAGACUUUAACCACACGGGUCAUCUCUCAGUGGCCACCUUCACGAUCCACCGGAUCCUGCCCCCUGACUCAGGAGUCUGGGUUUGCAGUGUGAACACGGUGGCUGGGAUGGUGGAAAAGCCUUUCAACCUUUCUGUUAAAGUUCUUCCAAAGCCCUUGAAUGCCCCAAACGUGAUUGACACCGGACAUAACUUUGCUGUCAUCAACAUCAGCUCUGAGCCUUACUUUGGGGAUGGACCAAUCAAAUCCAAGAAGCUUCUCUACAAACCUGUUAAUCAUUAUGAGGCUUGGCGGCAUAUUCAAGUGACAAAUGAGAUUGUUACCCUCAACUAUUUGGAACCUCGGACAGAAUACGAGCUCUGCGUGCAGCUGGUCCGGCGUGGAGAGGGCGGGGAAGGGCAUCCUGGACCCGUGAGGCGGUUCACAACAGCUUCCAUCGGUCUUCCUCCUCCAAGAGGUCUCAGUCUCCUGCCAAAAAGUCAGACCACUCUAAAUUUGACCUGGCAACCCAUAUUUCCAAGCUCAGAAGAUGACUUUUAUGUUGAAGUUGAGAGGAGGUCUGUGCUAAUGAAUAGUGAUCAGCAGAAUAUUAAAGUGCCAGGCAACUUGACUUCAGUGCUCCUUAACAAUUUACAGCCCAGGGAGCAGUACAUAGUCCGAGCCAGAGUCAACACCAAGGCCCAGGGGGAAUGGAGCGAAGAUCUCAUCGCUUGGACCCUUAGCGACAUUCUCCCUCCUCAACCAGAAAACAUCAAGAUUUCCAACAUCACAGACUCCUCAGCUGUGAUCUCUUGGACAAUCCUGGAUGGCUAUUCUAUUUCUUCUAUUAUCAUCCGUUACAAGGUUCAGGGCAAGAAUGAAGACCAGCACAUUGAUGUGAAGAUCAAGAAUGCCACCAUCACCCAGUAUCAGCUCAAGGGCCUAGAGCCCCAAACAACUUACCAGGUGGACAUCUUUGCAGAGAACAACAUAGGGUCAAGCAAUCCAACCUUUUCUCAUGAACUGAUGACUCUUUCUGAAUCUCAAGCCCCAGCAGACCUCGGAAGCGGGAAGAUGCUGCUGAUUGCCAUCCUUGGUUCAGCGGGAAUGACCUGCCUGACGGUGCUGUUGGCCUUUCUGAUCAUGUUGCAGUUGAAGAGGGCAAACGUCCAAAGAAGAAUGGCCCAAGCCUUCCAAAACGUGCGGGAAGAACCAGCUGUGCAGUUCAACUCAGGAACUCUGGCCCUGAACAGGAAGGCCAAAAACAACCCAGAUCCUACAAUUUAUCCAGUGCUUGACUGGAAUGACAUCAAAUUUCAAGAUGUGAUUGGGGAGGGUAAUUUUGGCCAGGUUCUGAAAGCUCGCAUCAAGAAGGAUGGGUUACGGAUGGACGCUGCCAUCAAGAGAAUGAAAGAAUAUGCUUCCAAAGAUGACCACAGGGACUUCGCUGGGGAACUGGAGGUGCUUUGUAAACUUGGACACCACCCAAACAUCAUCAAUCUCUUGGGAGCGUGUGAACAUCGUGGCUACCUGUACCUGGCCAUCGAGUAUGCCCCCCACGGCAACCUCCUUGACUUCCUGCGCAAGAGCCGCGUGCUGGAGACGGACCCUGCGUUCGCCAUCGCUAACAGCACCGCCUCCACGCUGUCCUCCCAGCAGCUCCUCCACUUUGCAGCAGAUGUGGCCCGGGGAAUGGACUACUUGAGCCAAAAACAGUUUAUUCACAGGGACCUGGCUGCCAGGAACAUUUUAGUUGGUGAAAACUAUGUAGCCAAAAUAGCCGAUUUUGGAUUGUCCCGAGGUCAAGAAGUGUAUGUGAAAAAGACGAUGGGACGGCUCCCCGUGCGCUGGAUGGCGAUCGAGUCACUAAAUUACAGCGUGUAUACAACCAACAGUGACGUAUGGUCCUAUGGCGUGUUACUAUGGGAGAUUGUUAGCUUAGGUGGCACCCCUUACUGUGGGAUGACGUGUGCAGAACUCUACGAGAAGCUGCCCCAGGGCUACAGAUUGGAGAAGCCGCUAAACUGUGAUGAUGAGGUGUAUGAUCUCAUGAGACAAUGCUGGCGGGAGAAGCCUUAUGAAAGGCCCUCAUUUGCCCAGAUCCUGGUGUCCUUAAACAGGAUGUUAGAAGAACGAAAGACCUACGUGAAUACCACGCUUUAUGAGAAGUUUACCUACGCAGGAAUCGACUGUUCUGCUGAAGAAGCAGCCUAG